AUUUUUCUUUGGAGUACUUUGUGAUUAUUUUAAGAGCUUUUCAGGUCCAUUAGCAGUGGGUAAACGUAAUGGUGAUGAUGCCAAAGUUGCCCUACCCGGAUUGGGAACAUUCGGAGUGGGUGAUGUCAAAAGCACCAUGGCCAAGUUUAUACCAGCGGGUAUGAGCGACGAGACACCAAAUGGCGGGACGUAUGAUCUGGCAGACAAGCCUAAUCUCGGAUACAUGGAUAGAGAGACAACAGCUGGAAAAACUAGCGGAUCGUUGAGCAAGGUCAGUUUAUCAGUGAUUCGAAACAAAUACAGCUCUUCGAAGGCCGCGCAUAUGUCUUUUGGAGGCAUCGGCACAUUGCAAGUUGGAGAAGAGAAAGAGCAAGGAACUGGAUUAUUGGACUUUUCCAAAACAUAUGUCCAAGAAGAAAGGCACACUGCGGUAGAUCCAAGACUUGGUGAACUGUACUAUCCCAAACCUAAAUCAUACGUGGAUGAGGCCGAAAAACUUCUCGAAGCAAAUCCACCAACACCAGCGACACCAUUCAAAGAGAUCAAGGAAAUAAAAAGCGGAGAAGUUGACUUUCCUAGCGAGAAUCCUUUCGAUAUGAUCAAAUCCCGGCCUGGCUAUCCAGGACGGGCUCGCGUACAUGCUGUUAAGACUGCAGCCACAGAAGAUGAUGAUCUCUUACCCAUCAAAGAACCAUUUGAGGACAAGUCUAGUGAAGGAUUUAUCAAACAAAAAUCCAAGGAAAAGUUCACAGAGGCGGAGCAAGAGGAUUUAGUGCCAAGCGGUGGAGUGCAGAAUUUUGCAGCGUAA